GUUAUUGUUAAUUGCGUCCGUCUGUGUAAAACACGCUUGUGUGGUACAUUUCAGUAAAUAAAUACUUAUUGAUAACCUCUUAUCGUUAUGUACAAGGUUGCUUAUUUUAUCUUAAUAAUAUUGUGUUACACUGAUUCACUAAACCCAGAAAUAUGUCAAGCAAAGCCGCAGGAGAAGCACUGUCUCAUUGAAUGGAUGGCUCGGGAUCGCUGGCCGCAUACAAUAAGAUAUGUAUACGACUGGGUGACACGAAAUUGUUUCGAGAUCAGAUGGUCGCAACACUGCCCCAAAGUGGCAACACCGACAGUGUCCAACAAUUUUCCAAGUCAUCAGGAAUGUAUGAAUGAAUGCGCCGGCUGGAAUUAA